AUGUGGGAAAUGCUAAUCUCACGCCAGUGCGCCAACCCGAAGGGCGUGUGGAUCUCGGAGGGCGUGUGGAUCUCACUCUGGGUUUUCUCAGAUUUUCUUUCUUACGAUAUAUACCAUGGAGACAUGGAAACUCAUCCUGUAAAAAUCAUCUGGAAACCUCUCCCCUCCUGGAAACCCCUCUCCUGGAAACCCCCCUCCUGGAAACCCCUCUCCUGGAAACCCCCCUACUGGAAAGCCCCCCUACUGGAAACCCCCCUCCUGGAAACCCCCUCCUGGAAACCCCCUCCUGGAAACCCCCCUCCUGGAAACCCUCCUUCUGGAAACCCAGCUCCUGGAAACCCCCCUCCUGGAAACCCCUCUCCUGAAACCCCCCUCUUGGAAACCCCUUCCUGGAAACCCCCCUCCUGGAAACCCCCCUCCUGGAAACCCCCCUACUGGAAACCCCCUCCUGGAAACCCCGCUCCUGGAAACCCCCUCCUGGAAACCCCCCUUCUGGAAACCCAGCUCCUGGAAACCCCCCUCCUGGAAACCCCUCUCCUGAAACCCCCCUCUUGGAAACCCCUUCCUGGAAACCCCCCUCCUGGAAACCCCCUCCUGGAAACCCCCCUCCUGGAAACCCCCCUACUGGAAACCACCCUCCUGGAAACCCCCCUCCUGGAAACCCCCCUCCUGGAAACCCCCCUCCUGGAAACCCCCUCCUGGAAACCCCCCUCCUGGAAACCCCCCUCCUGGAAACCCCCCUCCUGGAAACCCCCCUCCUGGAAACCCCUUCCUUGGAAGUCCCACCAAUAG